GCGCUAAAAAGGAAUUGGUAUCUAUUUAAAAAGGCUACACAUUAAUUUUCCUUUAAUGCAAUUUCAAUUAUUUUCUUUUUAUUUUUGACAUACUUGUUCAUGUUAAUGAUGUACACUCAAACUAUUCAUGUUUCACAGAUGGUUUUUAUGAUUCUUGCGAUUAAAUUAUUCAGGAAUUAUUUGAUUUUUCAUAUUGUUAAAAACACAUUAUAAUGAAUACAUGCAUAUAAUUAUAUGUGUAUUGAUAAAUUUGAUGUAAAAAAUUAUAUCUAUGGUGUAUGCGUAAAAUUUAAAAACUACUAAAAAACGAUGAUAUUUCUUUCUAAUACAAAACAAUACUUCUGUCCUUUGAUGUUUAAAUGGAGGGUUAAUUACAUGAUCCGGAAAAAUGAAGGAUUUGCGUGAGGAGUUAAAAGAUGUUGUGUUAUAUUUGAUGGAUGAUUUUAAAAAGUCUGUCAAGAAAUUGAAAUGAUUUCGAGAAUGAAAAAAGAUGAUCGAGUUUUUGGUGUCUCGUUGAAGGAAUCAGGAGGUUAGACUAAUGAAUAAUUGUGUUGAAAACGAAUCGAAGAAAAUGAUGAUUUAGAAUUGUUGAGGGUGUAUGAAGAGAUGAAUACAGUUUCCAGCAAAAUGAAGUAUUUGCGUGAGAAGUUAAAAGAUGUUGUCGAAUUUGAUAGAUGAUUUGAAUAACUCUAUCGAGAGAUUGAAGUGAUUUCGAGAACGAAAAAAUGGAUUGAGUAUUUGGUGUCUUAUUGGAGGGAUGAGGUCAGACGGAUGAAUAAUUGUGUUGAAGACGAAUCGAAGAAGAUGAUUAUUUAGAGUUACCGAGGAUGUAUGAAUAGAUGGAUACAAUUUCCAGCAAAAUGAAGGAUUUGCGUGAGAAGUUAAAAGAUGUUGUGUCAGAUUUGAUGGAUGAUUUGAAAAGUUUGUCGAGAAAUUGAGGAAGAAAUGUGAGGGUUGAGAUGCAGCAGGCAGAGGAAACUUGGAGGGCAGCGAAAGCUGUGGUCUGGUAGUUGAAGGAACCUCAGGAGGCGAGGCAUAAACAUGGUGAGCAGAGUGGAGAGAGUUGUUGAAGCUAGAUUAGCAAGGGAGGACGAUGAUGGCGUAUGUGGAGGGGUAGGAAAAGCGGUUGCUGCGGCAGCCUUCCAGUCAGCAAUCGACAGAGAGAUAGAUCUAGAGAGGAGGGAGGGGGAUGGGAGGUGGCAGGUAGGGGUGGCUAUUUGGACCGGGACCGGAUUAAAAACUGGAAACCGGACCGUAUAACCCGGACCGAGACCGGAUCGGGACCGGAUAGUAAACAAUCCAAUCCAAUCUUUGGGUUUAGAUUUGAGGUAAAAAACCGGAUAAAGACCGGAUAAGACAGCUCAACACACAAAACUUAAAGGUAAUUUGCAUAAACGGUCACAAACCUUUGCACUUAGUACAAAACUUAACCAACUCCUCACCCUUUAAGGCCUUAGGCCACUCAAAUCCCACAAUCUCAAUGUAAAAUCAAGACCGAAUUGGGAUCGGACCGGAUCAAGACCGGACUGUAUCCAAUCCAAUCUUCGGUCCUUAUAUUUUCAAAAAGACCGGACUGGACCGGAUCAAUUUGGGCCAAUUUAACCGGACCGGACCGUAUAGCCACCCCUAGUGGCAGGUCUGAAUAAAAUUUGGAUGUCUAGGUUUAGCUAUUUGGGUUUUGCUUUUACGGGAAGGAAAAAUGAAAUUUUGGGGAACUUCCGCCCGCCUUGUCAUUUUUCAUUUUUUCACUUUCCCUCCACAACCACUUUUCCUUUGAAUAAUGGAUUUUCAAUGUAUUUCCAUUAGAAAUUUGCAAAUACAACGGUAUUUUCAUUUUUGUUGUUACUAAUCUGACGCCAACGACGGAAAGCACUUAAGUCGUUAAUAUUAGUUGUUAAUAGGCAAUUUUCUUGUGGUGAUCAUUGUUAUCUAUUGUGACAAAAUACUUUGUCAUUUAAACAAUUCAAUAAGACAUAAUAUGAUAAAAGCUACUCUGACGAUAUAGUUUGUCACUUUUGUGUCUCUUACAUCCCGAUAUGGGAUGCCUAUUUUGACAAACUUAAUUGUGACACGAAAUAUUUGUCACAUUACUCACUUUAAAUGACGAACUAUUCUGACUACAAGAAAUUUGUCACUAUUGAGUCUCUUACAACCCGAUAUGGGAUGCCUAUUUUGACAAAAUUAAUUGUGACACGAAAUAUUUGUCACAUUACUCACUUCAAAUGACGACUUAUCCUGACAAUAAUUUUUUUUGUCACAUUAGACAUACCAAAUAGGACAUAUAUUAUUUUUUUCAUAUUACCGUACCAAUUGUGACAAACAAAAAAUGACAAAAAAAUGUCCUAAUAGGCCGAAUUUGUUGUAGUGUAAUGAAGGAUUUGCGUGAGGAGUUAAAAGAUGUUGUGUCGGAUUUGAUGGAUGAUUUGAAAAACUUGUCGAGAGAUUGAAAUGUUUUCGAGAACGAAAAAAGAGAAUUGAGUAUUUAGUGUCUCAUUGGAAGGAUCGGGAAGUUAGACUGAUGAAUAAUUGUGCUGAAGACGAAUCGAAGAAGAUGAUUGUUUUAGAGUUGUCGAGGGUGUAUGAAGCGACGGAUACAGUUUCCAACAAAAUGAAGGAUUUGCGUGAGG